UCCAGACCCGGACCAACCUUGGGGAAAAGGGUGCGAUGGAGGCAGGCUCCCGGGUCUGGCGAUAAGCGGCGAUGGAGGCCUGGCCUCUUGGACCAGAGGGCGGAGGGCUUCUGGUGAUCGGGUGUCCGAUCCCUGCCAUUCUCCUUUCUCGCUCUCACCGCACCUUUGAUGACUUGUCCAGUGCUGGUCUCCUCCUGCAAAUUCGGAGGGUGCGGUGAUGCCUUCCCAAAUACGGUCCACGCGCAAGGUCUGGUAGUAAAUGUUUGUUGAGACUCUGAAUGAAUGGUCAGGCCUGGGGGACAAGAGCCAGAUGUCUUAGAUCUAGGCACUCCCAUUCCUCUUGGCCGAGAGCUAAGAGCCGAGAGGGCAAGCUGAUGGCCUCUUUGUGAAGUGGGAGGCAGUAUCAGAGGAGGAAUGAUUGAACACAGCCUGUCACUGUGCUACCACAACAAACUCAUCUUAGCCCCUAUGGUUCGGGUAGGCACUCUCCCAAUGCGGCUGCUGGCCCUGGACUAUGGAGCAGAUAUUGUGUACUGUGAGGAGCUGAUUGAUCUCAAGAUGCUUCAGUGCAAGAGAGUUGUUAAUGAGGUGCUGAGCACAGUGGACUUUGUUGCUCCUGAUGACCGAGUAGUCUUCCGCACCUGCAAAAGAGAACAGAGCAGGGUUGUCUUCCAGAUGGGGACUUCAGAUGCAGAGCGAGCCCUUGCUGUGGCCAGACUUGUGGAAAAUGAUGUGGCUGGGAUUGAUGUCAACAUGGGCUGCCCAAAAGAGUAUUCCACCAAGGGGGGAAUGGGAGCUGCUCUGCUGUCAGACCCUGACAAGAUUGAGAAGAUCCUCAGCACUCUUGUUAAAGGGACUCGCAGACCUGUGACCUGCAAGAUUCGCAUCCUGCCCUCGCUGGAAGAUACCCUGAGCCUUGUGAAGCGGAUAGAAAGGACUGGCAUUGCUGCCGUUGCAGUUCAUGGGAGAAAGCGGGAAGAAAGACCUCAGCACCCUGUAAGCUGUGAAGCCAUCAGAGCCAUUGCUGAAACCCUCUCCAUUCCUGUCAUAGCCAACGGAGGAUCUCAUGACCACAUCCAAGAAUAUUUGGACAUAGAGGAUUUUCGACAAGCCACAGCAGCCUCUUCAGUGAUGGUGGCCCGAGCCGCCAUGUGGAACCCAUCCAUCUUCCUCAAGGAGGGUCUGCGACCCCUGGAGGAGGUCAUGCAGAAGUACAUUCGAUACGCUGUGCAGUAUGAAAACCACUACACCAACACCAAGUAUUGCUUGUGCCAGAUGCUACGAGAACAGUUGGAGUCGCCCCAGGGAAGGUUGCUCCAUGCCGCCCAGUCUUCCCAGGAAAUUUGUGAGGCCUUUGGCCUUGGUGCCUUUUACGAGGAGAUGACACAAGAGCUGAAUGCCCGGCGGGCUGAGUUCUUAGCCAGGACCCCAGAGGCAGCGGGGGAACCAGCUGAAGACACCUCUGGUAUCAUUAAGAUGGCUGUCAAGUUUGACCGGAGGGCAUACUCACCCCAGAUCACCCCCAAGAUGUGCCUGCUGGAGUGGUGCCGGAGGGAGAAGUUGGCGCAGCCUGUGUAUGACACGGUUCAGCGCCCCCUGGAUCGCCUCUUCUGCUCUGUUGUGACUGUUGCUGAGCAAAAGUACCAGUCCACCUUGUGGGACAAGUCUAAGAAAUUGGCAGAGCAGGCUGCGGCCAUCGUCUGUCUGCGGAGCCGGGGCCUCCCUGAAGGUCGGCUGGGUGAAGACAGCCCCUCCUUGCACAAGCGCAAGCGGGAAGCCCCUGACCAAGAUCCUGGGGGUCCCAGAGCUCAGGAGCCAGCAGUGCCUGGGAAGCUGUGCAAGAAGCCCUUUGUGGCCUUGGGAAGUGGUGAAGAGAGCCCCCUGGAAGGCUGGUGAACAUUGUCCCUACCUUGGCCAUCCCCCUUAGGGGCCUGGCCGUAAGUUGGCUGUGGGUGCAAAGCAUGAAUCUGAUGCCAUUGGACAAAUUGCUGACUAUUCCUGGCAGGAGUUAAGAGGUCCUGGCCUGGUCCAUCAGCCUGAACCAAAGGGUUCCUAGGGUGCACAUCUUCUUUGGUGGAUCUGAGUAACAGGGCCAAGUUCCUAGUGACCUCAGUAUUUUCUUUGAAAACAGGAACUUUUUGGGUGGCACCUCCUCAACUUGACAUUGGUACAGUGCAAUAAAGACACCUCUACCCUUA